UUAGAUUCGGCGCUUCUCGUGCGAGGCCCUCUCAUUUCCCAUCUUCAAUGGCUCUAUGCGGCGCCCCACGGCCGUUUCAACGACCCUUCCGCCCUAUAAUUCCUCGUCCUCAUCUUCUUUCUCUCUCUACCCCUCCGUCCUUCCAUUCUCUCACCUCGUUCGCCUUCUUCCAUCUCCCGCCUUCCCUUCUUUCACAGAGCAACGAAAUCGGAAACCAAUCGAAAAAUAAAAACAAUGGAGCUAACCCAAUCCCUCAUUCCCCAAAAUUCCAUUAGCUUCUCCUCUUCCUCUGCUUUCACCCACAGGGAGGAUACUCUCCGCGAAUCCGACCACAGCCUCUCCAUCGACAAUCUCUCCAUCCACAACACCGACACCGAUCUCUCCACCGCUGUCUCCAAUGAGAACAUAUGCAUAGCCGGCCAUGCGGAGCAGGAAGAUGAAAACGCCGCCACCAACAAAGAAUCCUCUAACUACGCCGACGACGACGACCUUCCUUCCCUCUCCGAUGACGUCGACAAAUUCCUCUCUAUCCUCAGCAGCCUCGGAGACUCCCCUGCAAUCGUCCCCGAUCUCCCUGACAUUUCAAUCGAACGCUUCGCCGCCCUAAUAGAAAAAGAGAUCUCCAAAUACGAAUCCGGCUCCGCCGACGACCACCAUUCUCCUUCCUUCCUCAACUCCGUCGACCGCGCCUCAAAACUCACCGCAGCCCUCACCCCCUUUUCCUCCGACCCCCAUUACCUCCAAGCCCUAAACCACACCAGCGCCGUCCUCCACCACGCCAUGUCCUUACUCGAAGAUGACUUCCACUCUCUCCUCCUAUCCUCCCCUUCCUCUCCCACCCGCCUUCGCUCCAUCGCCACCUCCAUGAUUUCCUCCGGCUACGAAACAGAGUGCUCUCAAGUCUUCCUCAUCUCCCGCCGCAACGCCUUGGAAUCCUCCGUCUACGAACAAGGCUUCGAAAAAAUCAGCAUCGACGAAGUCCAGCACACGCCAUGGGAAUCCCUCGAGCACCAAAUCGUCUCGUGGACCAAAUCCUUCCGGCAUGCUCUUUCCAUUUUGUUUCCCCAAGAACGCGAUCUCUGCAACGAGGUCUUCCAAUCCCACCGCGCCAUCGCCGACAGCAUCUUCCACAACCUCGCGCGCGGUAUCCUCAUCCAACUCCUCGAUUUCGCCGAGGCCAUCGCCAUGACCAAACGCUCUGCGGAGAAGCUCUUCAAGGUUCUCGACAUGUACGAAGCGCUCCGAGACAUGAUCCCCAAACUCGAAGACCUGUUCGUCUCUCCCGAUUCAUCCGAUGGGAAUCUCACCGCGGAGAUGUCGGCGGUGAAGAGGCGGCUCGGGGAGGCGGUUGUGGCGAUGUUCUGCGAUUUAGAGAGUUCGAUUAAGGGCGAAAUCGUGAAGAUGCCGUUGAUCGGAGGGGCGGUCCAUCCAUUGACGCGUCAUGUGAUGAAUUAUUUGAAGCAUGCGUGUGAGUAUAAGAACACGCUUGAGCAGGUGUUUAGGGAUCAUCGGAGGAUGGAUAGGUCGACGUCGGGAUCUUUUGAUGAAGAGAGGGGAGACGGCGGCCCGACAGGUGGCAGCGGCGGCGGCUCGAGGAAUUCGAAUCCGCUCUUGAGGCAGCUGGUUAAGGUUACGGAUUUGCUUCACUGUAAUAUGGAAGGGAAGGCGAAGCUUUAUAAGGAUUUAGCGCUGCGCAGUAUCUUCUUGAUGAAUAAUGGGAGGUACAUCGUCCAGAAAAUAAAAGGAUCGAAAGAGUUGAACCAAUUGCUGGGCGACACGUGGUGCCGAAAACUAUCAGCAGAUUUACGGCAAUACCACAAGAACUACCAGAGAGAAACAUGGUCCAGAGUGCUGGCCUGCUUCAAAGACGAAGGGCUUCAGUCGAAGGGCUCGGUUCUUAAACCGGUUCUCAAGGACCGGUUCAGGUGCUUCAACACCAUGUUCGAAGAGAUCCUCAAGACGCAGAGUGCCUGGAUUGUGAGCGACUACCAGCUUCAGUCGGAGCUAAGGGUAUCGGUUUCGGCCGUUAUCGUCCCGGCCUACCGGUCUUUCCUCGCCCGGUUCAGCCAAUACCUCGACCCGGGAAGGCAAACCGAGAAAUACAUCAAGUUUGGACCGGAGGAUCUCGAGGCCCUCAUUGACGAGCUGUUCGAUGGCAACCCUUUGUCCUUGUUAAGGAAGAAAUAAACUGCCUUUGAUCACUGCAGGCA